AUGGUUGAAUCUGAACCCAAAGUUUUUAUACCAGAGUCAUUCCAAGUGAACUAUGAUAUAGUUACUCAAAUGAAGAUGAUUUGGGAUGUGAUGAAAGCACCAUUGAUUGUUCCUUUUUUGAAUGCUUGUGUGUAUAUUUCACUAGCAAUGGCACUCAUGCUUUUCAUGGAGAGAGUUUACAUGGGAAUAGUCAUCGUCUUGAUUAAACUCUUUUGGAAGAAACCAGAACAACGGUAUAAUUACGAGCCUCUUCGUGAAGAUGAAGAACUCGGAAACUCGAAUUUUCCCGUUGUUCUGAUUCAAAUUCCAAUGUUUAAUGAAAAAGAGGUUUACAAGGUUUCGAUUGGAGCAGCUUGUGGGCUUUCAUGGCCUUCGGAUCGUCUCGUGAUCCAAGUUCUUGAUGAUUCUACUGACCCUGUCGUCAAGCAAUUGGUGGAAAUGGAGUGCCAGAGAUGGGCAAGUAAAGGACUAAAUAUAACGUACCAAAUACGAGAAAGUAGAGGUGGAUACAAAGCGGGUGCAUUGAAAGAAGGAUUAAAACGUAACUAUGUGAAGCAUUGUGAAUAUGUGGCAAUUUUCGAUGCUGAUUUUCGUCCUGAACCUGAUUUUCUCAGAAGAGCUAUUCCUUUUCUUGUUGGAAAUCCUGAACUUGCUCUUGUUCAAGCUCGUUGGAGAUUUGUUAAUUCGAAUGAGUGUUUGUUGACAAGAAUGCAAGAGAUGUCCUUGGAUUACCAUUUCACAGUGGAACAAGAAGUUGGUUCAGCCACUCAUGCUUUCUUUGGUUUCAAUGGCACAGCAGGUGUUUGGAGAAUUGCUGCAAUCGACGAAGCAGGAGGGUGGAAAGACAGAACAACAGUUGAGGAUAUGGAUCUUGCUGUUCGAGCAAGUCUUAGGGGAUGGAAAUUUUUGUACCUUGGAGACCUCGAGGCAAAAAGUGAGCUUCCAAGUACUUUGAGAGCCUUCAGAUUCCAGCAACACAGAUGGUCUUGUGGUCCUGCUAAUCUGUUCCGCAAAAUGGCGAUGGACAUUAUUAGGAACAAGAAAGUGAAGUUUUGGAAGAAAGUGUAUGUUAUAUACAGCUUUUUCCUUGUUCGUAAAAUCGUAGCUCACAUGGUCACUUUCUUCUUCUACUGUCUUGUUAUUCCCCUCACAAUUUUGGUUCCUGAGGUUUAUGUUCCAAUUUGGGGAGCUGUUUACAUUCCUUCCGUCAUCACCAUUCUCAAUUCAGUUGGAACACCAAGGUCUAUUCACCUUUUGUUCUAUUGGAUCCUUUUUGAGAAUGUCAUGUCUUUGCACCGUACCAAAGCAACCCUCAUUGGUUUGCUAGAAUAUGGAAGGGCUAAUGAAUGGGUUGUAACCGAAAAACUUGGAGAUUCUGUCAACAACAAAACCAAAUCUGGAGAUGCUGCCAAGAAGACCAAUGCCAAAGUUCAAAAGAAAACAAGAUCCAAAUUUGUUGAAAGGCUUAACUUUUUGGAGCUGGGAUUUGCCGCAUUUCUCUUCUUUUGUGGAUGCUAUGAUUUUCAGCAUGGAAAACACAACUAUUUUAUUUACCUCUUCCUUCAAUCCUUGUCCUUCUCAAUUGUAGGAUUCGGUUAUGUCGGCACCAUAGUUUAAAGCUCAUCGAGCGAACAUCCAUAAGUAAGUGUCGUGUCCAUAUUGUCGUAGUUUCUCCUGUUCAAGUACAAGAAAAGGGGUUGAAUUUCUUUGAGCAACAAAACAGUUCACCGAAUCUACCGGUAAUUUGGAGCAUAUUAUUUUCGUUAUUGGGAAGGAGAAGUUCUUUCCAAUUAAGAUUUUCAUUGUCAUCAAUCAAGAAGAUACAAAUUAGAACUUGAAGACAAUCAAGAAGAUCUAUAUCAAAAAAUUGCUUAAAUUAGAGCUUUAGACUGUUAGAUAGUGUGGUUUUGUUUGCAUAGAUUGUUUUGUGGGAUUUUUACAAAUAUAUAUAUAUAUUUGGUCGGUCCUCUAUUUUAUUAGUUUUCCUUAAUGUGACAAAUAAUUUGGUGGAUAAAUUAUGCAAUUUUAUACAUGUUAUUUGUCACUUUUUGGUUCAAGGAAUGAAUUUCAUAGCAUAAAUGCAAUCAUAUUCUCUUUCUUUCACAA